AAGCUAUUUUUGUACUUCAGCUUGGGCUCUAGUAAACUGUGAUGUUUUCACUUUUUUUCAUAGUUCAUUAAGAAAAUGAAUUUACAGAUUAGUUGAUAAAGAAGAUCAUUGUUGGCUGCAUAUUUUACAUUUUCUCAUCUUUUAUUUUAUUUUUAUUAAAUCAACCUUUGUUUCAUUUUAAAAUAAUUUCUAUCAGUGUCUUAUGGUUUAUUUCAUAUUUUCUUCUUUUCUUUUUGUCUUUCCUUUUCUGGUUCCCAUUUAAUUCACUCUGUUAUUUUCUUGUCCUUCCAUCCUACACCUGUUUCCCUUUUAUUCUGGGACUUAUGCUGCCACCUAAUCCUCCACCGCCAGCGGGCUUUGUGAAAUCACCCCUUUCUGAGACUAAGCUCACGGGCGACACCUUUGAGCUGUACUGUGAUGUGGUGGGAAACCCCACCCCAGAAAUCCAGUGGUGGUACUCUGAGAUCAACCGGGCCGAUUCCUUCAGGCAGCUGUGGGACGGUGCCCGUAAGCGGCGAGUGUCCAUCAGCACAGCCUACGGCACCAACGCCGUGAGCGUGCUGGGUGUCUCCCGUCUCACGCUGGACGAUGCAGGGACUUACGAGUGCAGAGCCAGCAAUGACCCGCGACGUAACGACCUGCACCAAAAUCCAGCCACCACCUGGAUCCGUGCUCAGGCCACUAUAACGGUGCUGCAGAGUGAGUGGUCAGUGUAGAAGAACCCCCCACCUCCCCCCUUAACUCUCCCUGUGUGAUUCAGCCCCCUUCAAACCUCUCCAGAGGACUGCUAGCUUCCUCCGUAGGUGCCAUCCUCCUCUAGAGAUGUGGAAAAUGAAGGAAAACACCUCCAACUGUUGAGGUUCUUCCACCGGCACAGCUGAGUUUUACAUUGUGUUUAUUCCUCAGUUCAGUGUAUCACUCAGCCCACGUUCUGUAGAGCCCAGUCACCUCUCCUUCAUUUUCCUUUCCCUGUAGCUUUCAUCUUCUCAUUUUCCUGAGCUUAAAAUCGUCAUAUUCAAUAUCAUUUUACAUUUUGAUUAUCAUUAUUCUUACUGCUAUUAUUGUUUGUGUCGUACCGUGUUUUAUUUAUAUGUUAAUUUUGCUGACCAACUGUUCAUACAUAUACAAGGUUGUCCAGUGUUUGCUGUGACCUUGAGCAUAACAAAGUUUUAUUUCAGCGAUUAUCUCUGUCAGUUAGGCUUUUCUUUUCUCUUCUAAUUUGUUUGUCACAGAUGCAUUUCCACAGAGUGUAUUUCUUCGGUAAUGGCUUCAGUGUGUCUUUUUCUCUAGCUCAUCAUUCCAGAGUUAUAAUCAAACUUUUGCUAAUUUUAUGAAAAAAUUAUAUAGUUAAAGUAGCUGGUUUAGACAUAUUUUUCUGGGGGGGGGCGUAUGCUAUUGGUAUCAAA